AUGGUUAAUAUUAUACUAUCUUUCAUAAAUGAAAUAUAUUAAUCUAUUGCUUUACAAUUAUUGAUUUUCUUCUUUUAUUCCUUUGGCACCUUGUAUUUAAUAGCAUUAAUUUUAAAUGAGAAAAUUAAAUCAAAAUUUAAUAUUAUUGGUAGAAUAUUACGAUUUUUAUUAAGGUUUAUUUUGUCUAAAAAAUACUUUGAUAAAUUUACUUAUAUCCAUCAUACUAAUAUAUAAACAUAUAAAAGAUGGAUCUUUCUAUAAAAGCAAAUUCAUUGUAUUAUUGUAGGAUAAGCAUUUUGUAAUUUAAUUAUUUAACGAAAUCGCUCUCUAUCCCAAAGAACACACUUAGUUAACUCAUUUCAAACAGAGACCAAACUAAACAAAGAACUAACUAAAAAUUAAUAACCUCAAAAUUUUAAUUUUAUUUCAUAAAAUUAAUUAAAAUUUAUCAAUCAUUCUUAACAAAAUGAUUUUAUUUAAGAUUUGAAAAGUUAAUAAUCGACAUCAUCUAAUAAAAUUAAAAGAAAAAGAAAUUAAAAAGAAAUCAAUUAGUAUGAUUUUCAUAGUAAAUAAAAUAAAAAAACUCAAAAAUAAAAGGAUCUUUCACCAAAUCCACUAAUUAUCGAUUCUAAUAUUAGAUAAAUCACAUUUUCGAAUAUAAAUAAUUAAAUUUAAGAGGACAUCAUUUUUAGUUAGUAAAAUGACAUUACUAAUUGA